AUGGCGGGUGGCCGGUCCGUGGCGCUGGCGGCCGGGCUCCUCCUGGCCGCGGCUCAGCUCCUGCAGCUGGCAGGUUCUUUUGCAAUACACCUUCGUGCUGCGGACAACAUCACUGUGACAAUUAAACCUGGGUCUUCUGUUCCACCACUAAAAUACUGUAAAAUCUGUACAAGACAAAUAUGCAAAUCUGAACUCAGGAUAACUGCUGCAGUAAAAGAAGAUAUUUCUUUCAAGUGUGAGACACCAGAGAAAUAUUUAGUUAUGGAAAUCCAGAAGAACAUUGACUGUAUGUCAGGCCCGUGCCCCUUUGGAGAUGUUCAUCUUCAGCCAUCAGGACUGCCUCGCCUUAACAGGACCUAUAUCUGGGAUGUGAAAGCCAAUAAGAAGGUUGGACUUGAACUGAAAUUUUCUACACCAUGGUUAAGACAGAUUGGGCCCACAGACACUUGUCCAGAUUUAAUCACUUACAGUAUCAGCAGCUCUAUUGACACUACCAAAGUCAGCAUUGGAACCUUCUGCAGAAAUGGCUCAGUGUCUCGAGUCAAGGUGCAGGGGGGAGUUGUCAUGGCUUUACAGCUCCCAUGGAAUUCAGAUCUCUCCACCUCUGGCUUUAACAUAGCAAACAGAUCUUCCAUAAAAAGGUUGUGUAUUAUUGAAUCUACUUUUAAAGGAGAGAUGUCCGCAACCCUAAUGUCUGCCAACUACCCACUGGGAUUCCCAGAAGAUGAGCUCAUGACAUGGCAGUUUGUUGUUCCUUCUAACCUUAGAUCCAGUGUCAUCUUCCGCAACUAUAGCCUUUCCAACUGUGAAAGGAAAGAAGAAAGGGUGGAGUAUUACUUGCCUGCAGUGUACAGUAGCCCUGAGGUUUUGAAACUGAGUGACAAACAACCUGCCAAUAUUCCUGGCAAUUUCAACUUGUCCCUGCAGGGCUGCGAUCAUGAUGAUCAGAAUCCUGGGAUCCUCAGUCUGCUUUUUCAGAUUGUAGUUCAACAUCCUCAAAAUGAAGAGAAUGUAACAUACUUGAUUGACUUACGGAAAGAGAGGGACAUAAGUAUAACCAUACAGCCAAAAUCACCACACAGUGGGCGUCCAUUGCAGUUUGAGCCAGAAUGUUUGAUCUGUAAAGAUCUUAGAACCUGUGAACGUAAUGUUACUUUUACAUCGGGCAACACAUAUGAGAUUUUCUUCCUGUGUUAUGAUUUGGAACAUCUGAGGAUCACAGCUGAAAAAACCAUAGCCUGUUGGGAUCUCAGAUACUGCCAAAAGAAGAUCUAUGACCUCACUGUGCCCAGGGCUAUUUCCCAGCUCCCAGUUCGGCUGGAUAAGUUUACUUGGAAGCUGUUGGCUCCAGAAGAGAUCAAUGUGGAAAUAAGUUCUCCAUCCUUGAAGCUACAACAACACAUCCAAGAGCAAAGGUGCAAUAAAAGUUACAGCUAUGGCAUUGUCAGCACCACCCAGGGAAAGGAGUUAAACCUUGGUAUCUUCUGUCCUGGUGGAUCCAUUGAAAAGAUUCAAAUGAGAGACAAUAUCACCAUAUCCCUAAAAACAUUUGGCAGAGGAUUCCUCAAUGAUUCUCUUAAUCAGGAUCUGAAAAUGUCUUUUGUGCCAUUUAUUAAAGAGGAAUGUAUCUUCACUGUGACCCCAGACCCAAAAGCUCAAGUUUACCUACAGACCCCUAACUGGUUCGAGGGUUUGCCUCCUUAUGUCUCCGUGUCCUGGAACAUCACAGUCCCCAGUAAACAAGUUGCUCGCUUAGCAUUCUUGAAGGAGCGGAUGGACAUUACUUGUGAAUUAGGGCGUGCCUAUGUCAACAUAAAGGAACAGAAACCAAAGGCUGAAGAAACUGUGCGCCGUGAAGAGGAGCUGCUUUCUGAGCCCCUGCUUAUGUAUCACCACUUCUGGGUAAACAUCUCUAACUGCAAACCAGUGAAUAGGAAACAGCUGAGCCUGCAGUUCUGGGUGACAUUUGUCUCACAAAAGACAGAUCUGUCACUGAUAAUUGCUGUGGUAGUUGGUGUGGCUGGAGCGCUCUCAAUUGUCGGAAUCAUCAUAUGCUGCGCUAGGAAGAAGAAGAAGGAAAGCCAGAAUCCUGAAGUGGGUACAUACAAUGCCAACAUCAAUACCCAGAUGCCUGGAAGACACGGCUUAUUCAAAAAGAGGAGGCAGGACAAUGACUCCCAUGUCUAUGCAGUCAUUGAUGAUGCCAUGAUCUAUGGAGAUUUGCUGAAGAAAUUCAAUGGAUCAGUCAAUCCAGAGGUAGAUGUGUACCGGCCUUUUGAUGGGCCUAUGGGUGACACACCACCUACUCCACCUCCCAUCUCUUUCAAGAAAGCCACUGAAAUAUCAAACUCUGAGGAACUCCCAUUCUGCCCAGAGAGGGACAGUGAGCCAUACACUUUUGCACAUCGCAAACCAGAGGAGACCACGAGCAACGGAGACACAAGUGUGAACAGUACUGGAGAUGUGGGCAUGUCCUUGUUGGAAAGUAAGGAACAAGAAGGCUUGGUGGAACAACUUAUGCCAAAGGAAUGACUUCGGUUUGGAAAUGAGGGUGACACUGUAAAGAAAAGUGCUCUCAUGUGCUGUAGAAAAAUCAGAAGAGGAGAUUUAUUUUUUUAAGCAUGCAUAGACAUGGGUUGUUUUUAAUCGCAACUGCUGAUGUUUUCAAAUUUGUGAAUGAACCUUUAGGAAACGUAUCAACAGUUCAUGUACUAUCCAUGAAUGCAAGUGGAAAUGGAAAGCAAAGAUAUGCUUCCACUUUUAUCAUAAAGCCAGAGGGAAACUGAAUUUUUAAAAACUCAGGAACUGAACAUAACUGGGAGAAUAUUUGCUCAACAGUUUCUCUCUUCCAAGUAAUUCCUCCUUCUCCUGAAGAUUGCUGGGUGUUGACUGAGGAUGUAUCCCACACCACUGUCUUAAAGCAGCCCUGAAAUCUAUGGAAUGUUUUUACUAGAAGCUGGAUUUCUUCCCUAAAGUCAGAGCAUAGGAAACCGUAUCGUAUGCCAGUUCUUCUCUGUGCAUCUCCUAGUUUAGCAGCAAGCAUAAUACUCUUGUGUAUUUGUUUUAAAAAAUUAUCAUUUUUGAGAGCUUAAAAAAACUUGGACUCCUGCUCUGAUGUCUAUAGAGCUCAGAUCUGUCUUAUUCCACUGUGCUUUCUUGUUCCAGUAAUGACAAAAGGUGUUCUAAAGAAAUAAUAAUGGCAUCCCAUCUGCUACUAAUGCUUUGCACUUGACCUGCAAGAGAGAUUUGUUUAUUGAAGGAAGCCAAAUAUUGAAGUGGAAAAAUGUGUUCCACUUCCCAUGUGCAAUUACUCUGUCUGACUCCUGUGCAAAAUGAAUGAAUUAAUCCACAAAGCAGGCCUCGGUAUUUAUUACAGUUUUAGUGUUGGAUUUACAGGAGCACAAGUCUUGUGGGUAUUUCCACAGAAGUGGUAAGAGGCCUAGCCACUUGUGUGUACAAGUGCCUGAUUUAUGUAUAUGCACAAUCACUAUGAUUACACACAUGCUUUUGCAUAUGGAACUAAAGCUGACUACUUGGAGAUCUGGCUCUGCUUUUCACACUAUGAACAAUCUCUUGCUUAACAAUAUUUGAAGGGCAACAUAACUUAUAGAAGAAACUAUAUGACUUAUGCACAGUAACUGGAGACUUCAAAAGCAGCAAAGAAUUCUGUAGCACCUUAUAGACUAACAGACGUUUUGGAGCAUGAGCUUUCAUGGGUGAAUACCCACUUCGUCGGAUGCAUCCACCCACGAAAGCUCUUGCUCUAAAACGUCUGUUAGUCUAUAAGGUGCCACAGGAUUCUUUGCUGCUUUUACAGAUCCAGAUUAACACGGCUACCCCUCUGAUACUGGAGACUUCAAGCAACUCUAACCAUCUAUGGCUGAAAUCCUGGUCCAGCUGCAGUUAAUGGGGAUUUUUCUGUUGACAUCAACAGGGCAAGGAUUUUCACUUUCUGUGCUAAAUAUUUUAUCAUAACUAAACACAAACAAUACAUUCUCCUUGAUUCAAUAUCAGUUGCAUACUUAUGUUGCAUGUGAAGCAGUUUCAUCAUAGAAUUUCUGUUAGCAUAUUGUGAGAUCCCUGUCAUCUGAGAGUACUUUUAAUUGUGUCUUAAGGAAAUUAAGUGGUUAUAUGUUGCACUUGGAUAUAAGAAUACACGUCUCCUCUCAUCUCCUCUUUGUUGUUGGGAUCACAUAUGUCAAUGUAUAGUAGAACAUUUAAAUGCCAUGUGAGAACUUAAAUUAUGCUAUUCUGCCUUGAUUCUUGCAAUAACUAUAGUUAUUUUCUCAGGCAAGUAACUUCCACAAUAUAUUUUUCUUGGGGCAAUAAAAUUCUGUCUCCAGCUGGUCAAUGUUACUUAAUUUCCAUCUCUUUGGGGAAAGGGCUGGGGGGCUCCGUAGAAGCAAACCCUGUUAUCCAUCUAUGUUGUUCUUUGCAAUUUAUUAGGCAAGAGCCUUUAGGUCUUAUUCUGGCUAACAAACUGCAAAGCAUAUAGCAUAGGCCAAACUUUCUCUAUUGCCAUGUCUUGAUUUUGAGGGAAGAAUGUGACGGUCAAUUUAUCUAGCUUUUCUGGUGGCUGUAGGGUUUAACUUUUUGGUUGGUACGAAAUCAAAGUUACAAUGUGUUUAUCAUGGUUUGCAAUUCUCUUUGCCAAGUUUGGACUUCCCUGCAUUAAGUACAGGAACUGUAACAUUGGCUACAAUUUCCUUAUUGUUAGGAAAAAUUGCAAUUUAAAAAAAAUAGAACUCAACUAUGAACACAAACUGGAGUAGUUAUCAGGGCAAUUUCAUCCCUUUUAUGUUUCUUCUUUCUUUUGUAAAUUGGGGUUUGAAAUAGUUAGAGUGGCGCUAAAUGAGAGCCUAAGAGUCUUUUCUCAUGAGCAAGCUGGAAUGAUCACUUGGGCAGGUCAGAACAGUACCUCUGCAGCUCUGCUAUCCUGUGAUAUUAGCUCUAUUCACAUGAACCACACAGGAGUGAUCAAGGAAAUCUGGUAGGGAUUUGACAUUUUAGUGUAUGCCAAUACUGUACUUAAGUUACAUGAAACCAAUAGUUCUCCUGUGAGAUGAUUUCUGGGUUAAGUUUACUUUCCCAGAGAGAGGGGAGGAAGAAUUCUAUCAACUAACAUAAAGACUGAAUCCUGCAGACCUUAUGCUGGCAAAACUCCCGUUGACUUAAAUGACACUCAUCUAUUCAAGGAAUGCCAGAUCAGCCUUGUGUAUUUUUUGUAUCUGACAACUUAUAGUAAAGAGAAUCCCAGGCAUUAAGAAUGUAUUUCUGUAGAACAAAGUUUACCGUGAUGAUAACUUAUUCACUGAAUGUAUAUAUCUAUUUUGUUUUACAGCUGUAGUGGUACACUGUUAAUUUCCUUUUUUAAGAAAGAAAUGUGUUUUAGGUAUGUAUUUUCGUAUUUUAGUUAUUUCUUUUGUAAAAUGUUUAUAUGCAAUGGAAUACAUGAUCCAACAGUGCCUUAGUAGGAUCAUAAUGUUUGUAAUUAUUUAAGCCAAAUUGAGACGGGCGUUGGGUUCCAGUGGAAUCAUUUUUGGGGGAAAUAGUGCAAAAGUUCACCUUGCUGCAAGCAUCUGAUCCCAAAGAGAGCCUUAUUAAAAUGUAUGAAAUUUGUAGUUUUGAUUGCAAUAAAUUUUAUGGAGUCUGUA